UUCUCUCUUUCUUUCUCCUCCUUUAUGCCACUGUUCUAUUUGUUUGCACUCACUUGAAAAUUAUGAUCACCAUUCUUCCCGCUCGUCUCAAGCUGCUUCAUUUCCCUCAGUCGCACCUGCCUCAUGUAACCCAUGCCAUUGUCAAGUCAUGUUUCUUUGACGACAUUAAAAAGUAAAUGUCCCCCCCCUCGCUCUCCCACGCUUUGUGUACUCACUCUCUGUUCAAACAAACGUAGCCCAGACUACUUUUUCUCGUUCACUGAAAACUCAUACGAGAUAUCGGUUGCCGCGAACGUGUCGAUCAUUGACCAGGGCUUUCUCCCGUUCUUGACAUCGUGUCCUGAUAUGGGCAUUUCGCCAGACAUUUUUCGCGUACUCCAAGUAGACGAUGCUGGAGGGCAAGGUGCGAGCGGGAAACGUAUCUCUGAUUUAUCGGAACCCUUAGCCCAGCACAAGUUUUCGAUCUUUUACAUGUCAACUUAUCAAACUGACUUUGUGCUUGUUAAAGAGCGACGGAUGCGACAAGCAGUCCAGGUGUUACUGGAUCACGGGUUCGAAUUCGAUCAGGAUUCGUUAGACAUGUACCACCAUAACAUGCAACAGCUGCAAAUAAUUCAACAGUCCAACGCAUCUGCCGAAUCAUUGGCAUCAGCUGCAGAUAGUACCACCUCGUCGAUGCAUGCUGCUACCACUACUGGCACCGAUAACAACAACAACGAAUCAGACAUUGAAAGCAACGUUCUGGAUAACGAAUUACGUUGUGCUGGGUUGAACCCACACUAUCGAUCCAGCUGGUCUACGACGAUGCUCAAAGUCAUGUCUUUUCCCGAACUGUUAUCAUCGUCUAGUGCGAACGACGAUGGUGGUGAUUAUGGUGAUGACGACGAUGACGACGAUGACAACCAAGAAAAGCAACAACAGCAGCGAUUCUUUUCUUACACGGCAACAAGUGACGGGAUCUCCUUGUUGGCUGACAAGCAUAUUUUGGACCUGUUCGAAGAAGAAGCAUUGUUCCAAGACGAGGACACGGUGCCGUUGCGCGUGAUCCAGGUGAAUUUGGCAGGAACCAAUCUGGACCGAUGUGGCAUUGUACGCUCGAUUUCGCAUCCGCUGGCAACGGAGGCACAUAUCAAUCUGCUUUAUCUGAGUACGUUCAAAUCGGCCAAUAUCAUUGUCUCGGCGGACGAUAUUGAGCGGGCUGAAGAAAUCUUGCAGCCGGAUCUCGAAAAGAUGCGCGACUUGUUGAAUGAUGUUGUGCUCGAACCUUUGCAGUAAAUACCCCCUCCUCCCCUCCUCCCCCCCCGCCUACUCGCUUUCAGAUUAUAUUAUUUACUAUUACCGCCGCCAUCACCUAUACACCAUACUCUUCUUUAAUCCUCUCCUCCAACCAUGUUUAUUUCUUACUCCUGUAAACGAGAUAACAGCAAUUUGCAGAAGAUCUAUACUGCCUUCCUAACUACUUUUGAUGUUACUGUAAUAUGUAAAGA